AUGUUCUGUCUACGGAGCUGGCUCCCGCUCCUCUUCAUCCCCACCAACGCCUCGCCCUCCUUCAUAUUCCUCUUCUUCGUGUGCACCUACUUCCUCAACAAGCCGUGCAUCUACUGCUCGAUACUCCUCCUCAUCCUCUUCUUCACGUCGUGCAACUGGUCCGAUCGAUGCUUCUUCGACUUCAGUAGCGACUGGUUCCGCCCGCGCCCCGAGACCACACCCGACGAUGGGUCCCUCGUGAUCGUCGAGAUGUUCAACACCACCGUCAAGGCCAUUGCCGGCGUCGCCGCCGACGAGCUGCGUGCGAAGAGGGCCGAGUGGACUGGCCUCGGAAUGGAGUGGCUCCGGAGCCUGCUCGGGAGACGGGAGUGGGCGAUCGACUGUAUGGACAUCAAGAUCCGUCUGUAA